CAAAUUUCAAUCUCCAAGAAAAUGGUGUUCCCGCCACUUCAACAAACACACCAUAGUCGAGUGUAACAGAAAACUCAAACAUCACAAUGGAACCUUCAAAGAGCAACACUAAAACUGAAGAAGACUACGCGCUGAAGGAGAAGAGGGCGCGCCGCGUCAGCUUCGCGGACAACGAAAUCACCUCCGUCCACGUAUUCCGCCGCGACGACGACGCCUCUUCCGAUCCCUCCGAUGCUCCUUCCAAUCCUUCUUUCCUAAGGUUUUUCGGUGAGCUCGCCUCCCAUAGCGACGACGACCAACAACCACAACUCGACAACGAAACCGGAAACUCCUUCCUCCGCUCAAUCGACUUCCCCUCCCCCGGUGGCAGCAGCACUGCCAACGACGACGACGAUGAUUUUCGCGGUCCGGUAUCGGCGCGUUUCAUCAAACGGGAGCAGUUAUUGGACUCUGCCGGUGACUACGAUGAUGUCACAAUGGAUUCCACCGCGUUCUCGCUGCAUUACCGAAGUAUUGCUCGGUCGGAUUCUGGCGAUAUCAAUUCUCGUCAGCUUUGCCUCACGUCUUCGAGCUCUCCGAGGAGUUCAAUGGACUUCACGGAGGCGAAGAGGCUGUGCGAAGAGGUGCUCGAUGCAGAGAGUGCAAGCAGGGACUCGAACGAGAUGAGCAUAGAGGGGGAGCACCAACGGAGCUAUCAAUUCGACACAGUCUCUCCUGCGUUUGAUGCACCUUUGGCAGAAGAAGCAGUAAAGGGGUCCCCGCAACGCAACUUGGAUGGUUCGGUUGCCUCCCCAGUUGCUCGGCUUCACCAAAUACAUCCUUCUGAUUCUUCAACCAAGGAAAUUAAGGAGUUUACUGAAGAGGCAACCGUGGCAGUUUGUAGACAACUGGACUUUGAGAAUCGUAAUUGGGGAACACCACUAAAGGUAGAUGAAGACAGAAGACAGGUGGUGGACUCGAAUAAAAGGUCUACAAGAAAGCAAUUAUCCCUGAGUUCUCUUGAUUCACUCAGGCGUACUGGAAAUAUAACUCCACGCGUGGAGCAAUCUGGUUUGCUUGGUCCAGAGAUCAGUAUUGCAUAUGAUGCAACUCCAUCUUAUGAACAUAGAAGCAUUUCAAAGAUCAAAACUUUUGAGUCUACUCCUACCAUGUUGAAUCUAAAAGAAGGAAUGAACAUAUUGAAAGCCAAGUUAUCAGAAUACUCUCCUGGUUUUUCUCUGUCAAAUAAAAAAGCUCUGGAAUAUAAGCAAGAUGAAAGUCGCCAAACUCCCCUUCCACAAGAAAAACUGUUUAGUUUAACUCUAGAGCGUAACAAGCGUAAUGAUUUGGUUGAUAGCAAUUAUCAUGGAAUUCGGUCUUUUGAAAAUAAUUGCAAGUCAUGUCAAAAUGUAAAGAAUUUGGACACCAAACCAGACGAGGAAAACUUAAUUUUGAUUUCAGCUGAUGUUUCUUGCAAUGAUGAAAGUCUUAAGGCUGUGGAACUGGAAGUUUCUCCCUCGCAGAUGCCUUGUUUAACGAAGGUGGUAGAUGUGAACCUGGCAGAUAGCACGGUUGAGAAAGGGGAAGAUGAAAUACUGGUACCAAGCCCUCCUAUCCCAGAAGUAACUACUCUGUUGCACUCCCUGCAAGACGCUUCCAAGGGUAACUUAGAUGGUCAUGGUCACGAUAACUGCUACCAUUCAGUACUCCAAGUAGCUCAGAGCAGUCUUACCAAAUCAGGUAUUGUCAUUUCCUCUGGAAAGAAAAGAAAGGGCGUUGAGGUUCUGGUCAAUGGAGACAACAUAGAUAAAAUAGGUAGAAUUGACAGAAGUCCAGAGGUUCAUACACGUGGGAAUGGUGACGUACAGUUAGAGCAAACAGAUUCUUUGAGAAGAGAAAGAGAGAAGCUUGGAGAUGAGACUUGGAAUGAUGAGGAUCUUAUUCUUAAAAAUUUCUUAGACGGGACAAAUCAGUUGCUACCUCCCUUGGUUGAUAAGCUAAAUUUGAGAUUGAUUGGCAAGCUAGAAGAUAUUUUGAUAAAUCUGCAGAAAGUUAAGAAGUUGGAGAUUCUUUGUUCUGAAAUUCAAUCUCAGCACACAACUACGGACCCUCUAGCCAUUCAUAAAGACAAGAGAAUUGUGGAAACAAGAAUGUUGCUGUAUGAUAUAGCGUAUGAGAAAGCAAAAUUACAAUUAUUGAAUGUGAAGCGUGACAAGUUACUGAAAAAGUUACAACAGUUAAGCUCUGGACUUCAAGAGUGUGAAAUGAUAAAAUUAAAGUUCAACAUCCCUUCUACAUCUAAAAGCGGGACAAUGGACACUCAAGCUGAUGAUGGUCAUAUUCGUUCAAAAUUUAGUUCCAAGGGAAGAUGUCAGGUUUGUUGUGGAGAAGUUUUGGAAACGAAGCAGGAUCUUGAAACCUUGGGUUCAAGAGCGAAAGCCCUAAGUGAACUCUUAUAUGAACACUGCAAGAUGGAAGGGGAUCAAAGCUAUACCAAGAUCAUGAAAGCUGUUUCUGAUUAUUUGCAGAAGAGAAUGCCUUGCAAGUCUUUACUCCAGAAUAUGAAGUUGUGGGAAAUUGAAGAUUUUGAGCGCACGGAUGAUUGUUACAGGGUUGGCCUUAAUUAUUGUGGUUAUAUAACCCAAAGGUUCACAGCAAAUACUGGUCAAUCUAACAUAAUAUUAUCAAAUAGCUUGAAUAGUGUGACGAUCGAGAAGAACUUCCCAAACUUGGAUGCUUUUUCUGCAUUUGUGUUUGUCUUAAAUCCUCAUACAACCAAGAAAGGCAGCGGUUCAAGCAGUAUGGCACGAGAAACACAGAUAACAAGUUCACUACUAAGUAAUUUGCUAGAUGUGGUGGAGGAGGUUCAAUCAGCUCGGAUAGUGCUUAAAAACUUGGUCGAGGCAAAGUUCUAUUCUCAUUCAGUUCAGCGCCUUGAUUUGCAGCUGUCUUUCAUUGAUUUCUACAGUGGGAGGAAGGUGAAAGUGACCUUUGAUAUAACAUGCUUAAAAUGUGGGGUCUAUCCUGCUGAGGUCCUUCCUUCUCAAAUAUAUGAUCCUUCUAGUUCUAGUGGGGAACAAAAGUCUCUGCCAUCAUCGCUUGUAGAUGAGAUAAGAACUGCAACCGAGAGUGUGAGAGUUGGGUACUCAAGAAUUAUUAGGCUUUGUAGAUGUAUCUCCCAGGCAGUUCAUGCUUGCAAUAAAAGCAAAUGAUUAUGAAUUUUCUCCUUCAUUGUUGCCCAUUUUAGGUUUACUGUUUAUUAGUAUCAUUUUCUAUAUCUUUACUGCUGAUUGAGACAAUUGUUGUAUAGAAUGUGAAAUAUUCAUGUUAUAUAA